AUGGCUUCCGGAGCUCCUCAAACGGGCCGCGUGGCACCCCCGGCGGCCCUUAACGCCAUGCCGAUUGAGAUACUUGAUCUCAUAUUGGCCCCCCUUCCGCCCAUUCAGCUCUGGCGCCUCCGUAGAGUGUCCAAACGCUUCAACGCCAUCCUCCACAGGCGUCUCCUCACGACUCUUCAUGCCAAAGCCGACCCCCUCCCGCUGACCCUCAUCAAAGAUACCGCGCCCGUGCCUCUGUCAUUCAUCUACAACCUCGUCCUCGCCAUCUUGGGCGAGGACGAAGGCCGAAAGCUUUGGGGCAAGAUCUUCCUCUCCCGGGACACGUCGCCGGAAAACCCACAUUCCUCCUGGCUGCCUGCCACGCCGCCGCCUCCCUCGUCGUCGUCGCUGCCGGACCCGGACCCCUCGGUGGCAACCGUCUGCCGUCAAAACCAACUCAGGGCCUAUCCGGACCUCUUCGCCCCGCACCUUCGUGCCUCCUCCCCUUCACUCGCCAACUUGCGUAGGAUACAUUUCUGGAGCAUCCUCCUCUGGUACAAAGAAUGGUCAUCCGUGUCCGCGGACGCACAAGCCGACGCGGUCCGCAAGAGGCGUCUCCGAUGGGCCUACAAGCAGGACCGGAACAACAAGAGGCCUGGGGACACGCCAGCCAUUGUGGAAGAGUUCACGAGGACGUACAUCCUGCGCCACCACUUCGACCAACCACCCACCCCCGCCGCCACCGGCGAGGGAACACGGGUCGUUGUACAUGAGUUCGGUGUUGGCGCCGUACUCCGGUCGGCGCCUCCCGGUACCGGAGCACUGGGUCUACGGCGUCACCAUGCGGGACAGGCCCACCGACUUCCGGAUCCCGUUUCGGAUGAGAGGAAGGCCGCGGCACGACGACGAGUAUUACGAAAUAAGGGGGCUGGUUUUCGCGAACCUAGCUGA